AUGUCAGCUGCAUUCUUGCCUUGGUUGCUCCUCGUGGGUCUUACGGUGUGCGAAGGUUUUCCGAUGAUGGCGUACAUUGUCGGUGGAUGGAUAACCAACCAGGGCGCGUAUCCACAUAUGGCCGUGCUAGGGCGCCCGAGAAACAAUGACUCGUUCGAGUGGUUCUGUGGCGGAUCGCUGAUUUCGGCCAGAUACGUGCUGACUGCAGCUCACUGUGCUAAUAGUCAGAUGUCGGAUCCCCCGCUAGUGGUGCGUCUUGGCGAGUUCGAUCUCAGCACGGAUGACGAUAGCGAGCAUCAGGAUGUGGCUGUCGCUAGUAUAGUGCAUCAUCCGGCCUACAAUGGCGUUCAGGCUUACAACGAUAUCGCACUGAUCCGGAUGAAUCAGACCAUAACCUUCAGCCGGUUCAUACGACCGGCCUGUCUGUGGCAGCUUCAAACAUUGCCCGAUGAGCAUCUGACUGCGAUCGGCUGGGGCCGGCUGGGAUACUAUGGUGAUCAACCGGCAGAACUGCACGAGGUGGACCUACCGCUGGUCGAUCAGAACGAGUGCAACCGGUUGCUGUCCAGCCCCCCUAGCCGGCGGCUCCGACAGGGCGUGCUGCCGUCGCAAAUCUGUGCUGGCGAACUGACGGGCGGCAAGGAUACGUGCGAAGGCGAUUCCGGUGGACCACUGCAAGUACGCUCGCAAGAUCCGAGCUGUCGGUACGACAUUGUCGGAAUUACCUCGAUCGGUGGAAUCUGCGGAACGGCGCGGAAGCCCGGUGUCUAUACGCGGGUUUCGUACUACAUACAGUGGAUCGAUUCGAUCGUGUGGAAGAAAUAA